UCCACCCGAACCAAGCAUGACGAAACUUUCCUCAUAUCACACCCCCAACCAAGCAUAAUAAAACACCCCUUUACAGCGGCAUCCCCAAACCCUAAAUUCCCUUUGCCUUUGCAUUUCAAUAGCGAAGGCCCUAUCAUCUGGUAUCAUGGUGCAUUGGCAAAAAUCUCAACCUUCAUCUUGGGUUAAGGCCAUGUCUUGACCAUGACUUCCCGCCAAUAUGAUCCACAGGGGAAGUUACCAGAGAUGGAGAAAUCUCCUGUCAAUAUAUCGGAGAUAGAGAAAACCCAAAAGUUCGAAUUGCAAACAUCAAUACUGGAGCUGCUUGGCCUACUAAGCGCCAGUAGCGGUAUUCCCGUUCCACCCGGCAGUCCCAGGCUGACUUCCGCGGCCGCUGAUCUCACCCCUGCUCAAUACCGUGCCUUGACGAAGUUAUCGGAGGUGCUUUCUGCACAACUAUCUGCCCAGCUUUCUGCCCAGAACUCCAACUGGCCGAUUUGCAGAAAUCAAUACUGGAGGAGCUUCGUUUAAUACGCUCCAGUAAUGCUACCCCCAGUCAAUCCACGACAACUCCAAAUUUCACCGUGAUUGACGACAGUCCCAACCGUGAGCCCUUUAAUCCUCACCCAAGCUUUUCCGUGGAGCCAGAGCAUGCAUCGAUGACGAUAAAUCAAGGGGAAGAUAGAUCUGUAUAUUUAUUUGUGUCUUUUUAUGAUGGCGAAUACACUGAUUCAAUCUAUAAAGUGACAUUCAAACACGGAGGAGUCACUCAUGAACCCCCAGUAGUUGGACUUGUCACGAAGUACUAUGACAGUUUUCGCAUCAAGGGUGCAAGGAUUUUCAACCGCUCCAAAUUAUACAUCAUUCCACAGGACGGUUAUAAUAAAGCUCCUGGGGCCAAAUCUUGCAGGCCAUCAGGAUAUAGUAUUGACACAAAGACUGGGUCAUAUUGUUCAUCUCUUCCUCCUAGCAUAGCCUCAAAACCAGUAGGAACUCUUGUGUGUGCUUAUGACAAGCUUUACUAUCUUGCAUCUCCAGCGUGCUCACCACCAAUUAAGGAGCCCUCGUUCGAGAGAUAUGAUCCUGAUCAAGACCUUUGGGAGGGAAUGACUUCUUUUCCAUUUUAUCAUGACUAUGGGAGCCAUGCGAAAAUAAUUGGUUAUGCCGUUUGUUAUGGCGUUAUUUUGUUUUCAUUGUCGGACUCCUACAUGAAUCCCUAUGUCGUUGCUUUUCAUGAGAGUAGAAAUCAAUGGAAUCGAGUGACUUCUGCUUCUUAUGCUUCUUUCCGAGGGAGAGCCAUGGCUGUAGGCGACACUAUCUAUGCCUUACAUGCACUUAUGGAGGAGGUGAUUAUAGCAUUCUCAUUUAGGAUGGACAAAGUUGAAGACGGUGGCAUUGCAUAUUCCCUAAACCCACAAUUUAUAUUGCGUGGCCUGAAGAUUGCGUGUCCACCAGUGCCAUUUCGUGAGCUUAAGACAGGGUAUUUGGUUCAUUUGGGUAACAAAGACUUUUUUCAUAUCAGGACUGGCAGUCCCAAUGACGAAGCUUGUCCCAUGGUUCAAUAUCUUUGUAUUACCACGUUUCAAAUUGUUGUUGGAGAAGGAGGAAGACCCAUGAUCAAGACCAUACAUUCAACUGUUCAUCCUGUAGAUAUCAAGGGCCGUGAAUGGUUCUCACUUGAGUUCUGCUUCACACCAUAAGUUUUCUUCACGUUUCUUGUCUUUUCAUCCAUAAAAUUACAUUUGUAUGUUGGAAUUAUUUUACAUUUUGUAUGUAAUAAGAUUUCUCAUUAUUAUGA